AUGCCUACUUCCACACUAUUCUGCGCUUCCAACUCCGGAAUUCAAGUUGGCGAUAACGGUGGCCAUAUUACAGUACAACACUAUGCACGACCAGAGUCACAAGAAUCACCACCACUACCUUCAUCUACCGUACCGUUCGGCCGUGAUCCGGAUUUCGUUGAACAAGGUCAACUGCUUGAGCAGACUCAUGAGAAAUGCUCCAUCACAGGGUCGAGAGUCGCUCUUGUCGGCCUCGGUGGGGUCGGAAUCAGAGAACGUUCACCUAGCACUUGGGUGUUGUGGGUUCAUGCGAGUAAUGCCGCCCGGUUUGAAGAAAGCUUUUGGCAAAUUGCCGACCGAGCGAAACUCCCAGAACGACAAGAUCCCAAUUUAAGCAUCUUCAAAGUGGUGCAUGACUGGCUUGCGGAUGCGAAGCAAAAAUGGGUCAUGAUUCUCGACAACGUGGACGAUGAUCAGUUUCUAUAUGAACCUUGUACAAGGUCUCGUAUGUCUAAGGACGAUAGCCAAGGUAGUUCAUUAAAGGUACCACUCUUGACAUUCAUCCCGGAGUGCCCAAAUGGAUCUGUCAUCUGGACGACACGAUUCAGGCGUGUAGCUACGAGAGCAGUGAAUUUGCGAAACAUUUUGUCAGUCGAACCCAUGGAUACCUCACACGCUGUCACUCUCCUGAGGAAGAAGCUUACCUCAACACCAAAUGAGCAAGAUAUCAAGAAGCUCACCGAAGCGUUGGAGUUUAUGCCACUCGCCAUUGUUCAGGCCGCCGCAUAUAUUGAGUGCAGGGCACCCCGUUGCUCGGUGUUGGAGUAUCUAGAAGAGUUCGAGAAAAAUGACCAAAGAAUGACAAUUCUUCUUGAUUAUGAAGCAGGACAGAGCCGACGAGACUGGGAAGCAGCUAGUUGUAUUUUGGGUACAUGGCAAAUGUCAUUUGACCAUAUUCAGCACACUAGGCAGUCUGCAGCAAACCUCCUUUCCCUCAUGAGCUUUUUCGACCGACAAGGGAUCCCAGAGAAAUUUAUCAAGAACCUAUCAGAUGAUGCCACCGCCCUAAAGGAUUUCCUCGAAUCUCAAGGAAUCUCCGCAGAAAUGAUCAAAGGAGCAUCUGUUGCAACGGAAGUUCGUGAAGUUAUUCAAUCGCCGGCCCUGGGACCGGAAAACAGCGAAGAAACCGAAAAAAGGACAGAAGGUGAUAUUUGGGAUGAGGAGUUUGAAACAGAUAUCAGGAUGCUGAGGGAUUUUUCUUUCAUCUCGAUCAACCGCGAUCCGCAAAUUUUUGAGAUGAAUAGGUUGGUGCAGCUAGCGAUGCGGAAGUGGCUGACGGCAAACAGAAAAGAAGAGAUAUGGAAGACACACUUCAUUUGGAAUGUUUCCUGUGCCUUCCCGGCGAAGGGGGCCGGUACCUGGGAAAAUUGCCAGUCUUUAUUUCCACAUAUCAAGGCGGCAAUGUCACAGCGGCCAGCCCUCAACCAAACCCGGAUCAUUUGGAUUCGAGUCCUACAAAUGGGUGCAUUCUAUGCACAUUUUACUGGAAAUACGCCAGAAAUGCUGCGUAUCGCCGAGAGAGCCAGCGCGGAAAGCAACAAGUUAAUGCCAAGCGAUAACAAAGAACGAAUUGAAGUUGAAAGAACGUUGGCUAGUGCAUAUAAAUUGGAAGGUCGACUAGACGAUGCUGAGACCCUAGAGUUGAAGGUUCUGCAGACCUGUCAAAGCAAAUUUGGACAAAACGAUCGCAUCACGCUUGAGGCAAUGGCUUCCCUAUCGCAGACAUAUUGUUAUCAGGGCAGAUACCACGAUGCGCUGGAGCUCCAAACCCAAGGCUUGGAGGCAGUGAAAUCUGCAUUCGGAGCGGAUGCUAGCCUGAUUUCUGAAUUUUUGUCAACUUUAGCAAUCACAUACAGAUUCCAAGGACGUCUCCAAGAUGCCGAAGCUUUAUAUCUUGAAUACCUGGGAAAUGCAUAUCAGCUACUAGGAGAACAUGAUCCAGAUAUACUGUCAGUGCGGGAGUACACUGGGAGAAGCCCACCCCCACACGACGGCGUGUAUGUUGUGUUUGGCAGCGUUGAAGUCAAACCAAAUAUGGCUAUCCACGUUCGACCAACUACCGUUUAUGUUGAAAUUAAGGUGCUUGAUAUUCUUCGACCACUUGUUGGGGAUCGAAACCCGAAGACCCUCCUCGCGAUGAGGGAUUUGGCAGAGACCCAUGUGGCCCAACACCAAGUAGAGAAAGCCGAGGCAAUGUACCUGCAAGCGCUGGAAGGUAUCAUAACCAUCUACGGAAACAACCAUUCUAAAACAAUUAUCAUGAAGAAUGGCCUAGCCAGGUUAUACAGGAUUCAGGGCAGAUAUCAUGAAGCUGAAGUAUUUGGAUGUGCAGCAUUUGAAAGUGCCAAGCGGGCCCGCGGACAAGAUGAUACACUGAUUAAUAAUUCUAUCAUGAACCUACUCCCUACUUUGAUGGCGUGCGGCCGAUACGAAGAUGUUAUAGGAUCGGUGACGCAUUUACUUAAUCUUCCCAUGCACACCCUUCAUGCCGAUCCUUCUGUUGCGAAAAUCUUAAGGCGAGAUCUAUUGCUCUGGAGACUCAACCUUCAAUUUUUGUAUGUGUCGGAUUUCGCACAUAGGACACUGUUCUCUUUGAAUUGCAUUUUCGUCGUCAUCAUUUUGGAAUUCUGGCCAAAUAGUCUUGGAAUUGAGAAUCUCAAGUGA